AUGACUACCGUUCAAGGUUCAGCAGAAAAUCCAGACAUUCGAAGACUACGUCAACGUCUUGAUCAAAGUAAUUAUCGAGAGAAUUUUACCCCAGAGUCGGCAUUACUUGCCGAACCACUUCGUCGCUCUGUAACUUGUCUUACCAAAGAAAAUAAUCAACUUCGUAUAGAAGUUAUUCAUGCGGCCGAUUUACGAGAUAAAGAACAAAUUGAGCGGCAACAGCUUAUUCGUAAAUAUGAGGAUGAGAUUGCCGAAUUGAAGUUUAUGAAUUCUCAAUAUGUGAAUAAAGCCCUAGAAGCAGAAAAAAAAUUAGAAUCCGAGAAAAAACGGAUCGAUACAAUAUUGAAAUCAGUUGACGGUGAAGGCGCGCAGGGAAAAGGACGAAAAUCAAAAUCCUCAUCAGCUUGGGAACCGAUUGCCCCUGAACAGAUUGAAAUUGACGCCCUUCUUGAAGAGAUGUCCGAAACUUAUAAACCAUAUACACCAGAUCCUAAAAUAGCAGAUCUAGUGAGUAUAAGUCAUAGACGAAUCGAGGAACUUGAGAGAUCCAAUAAAGAUCUCGGUGAUAAACAAAAGAAACUUGAAGAUCAGAUAUCGAUUCUUGAAAACCAAGUUACAACACGAGAACAAGAAAUCGCACGACUUGGUUCUCUUCUCGUAGAUAAACGUUCGGAUAAGCCACUUGAUGUUGAUAUUGGCGAUAUCCCCUCCGAAUCCGCUUCUGCAGCGCAAAUGCAUUCGAGGAUCCAACAAUUAGAGAUUCAAAAGGAAUAUUUACAAGAUCAUAUUCUUAAUCUUGAGCAGGAUAAGAGUAAACUUGAACAGGAAAGGGAGUCCAUUGAAGAGGAGUAUAAAAAAGAAAAAAUGACAAUAAUGAACGAGUUGAGGGAAGUCAAGAACCAAUCACAACAAAUCUAUAAAGAUCUGGAAAAUCUUGAGCUGUUAGUCGAUGACUUAAGUGAAUUGCAUUCUCACAUUUGUAAACAAGCAAAUUUGAAAGAUUCAACUGGUGAAACUCUUAAGAAAAAGCGUGAUAAGAAACCUGGCAUUAAAGAUUAUAUCAGCUCGAUUUAUAGUUGGCUAAAAACUGCUAAUGAUCAACUGAGGACUGAUUUUGAUAGUGUAUUUCAUGAGAAUGAUAAUCUUAAAACGGCCCUUGAUAACACUAGAAAGGAGAUUGAACGUAUAACGAAGGAGUUGAAUUCAACCAAAGAACGAUUACAAAAAUUACAAACAGUUGCCCAACAAAAUAAUAAGCAGAAAGGCUCAAGUGCCAAUGUUGAAACUUUGCAGGCCCAGAAUAAGGCUUUAGAACUCGAAGUAGCCAAAAUGAAAUCAAAAAUGCAGGAAUUGGGACAAAAGAGCUCAAACAAUCAACAUGCCUCGAACUCUGAUGAUCGGAAUGGACUCGAUAAAAAUUUUGCUCAGGAUCUCGCUGCCGUGAAAAAAGAACGAGAUGAGUUAUCUAGUCAACUAGAGGAAUGCAAGAAGCAGAUUGAGGCUCUUAGUAACCAAUUAAAGGAGGCUUGUGAAGAAAUUGAAAUAGUCAGCGGUGAUCGACAGAACCUUGAAGAGCUUUAUAAGCAAUUAAAUCAAGAGUUACAAAUUGCCAGGCGUUCACCAUCGCCAACUCUACAUCAGCCGUGUAAUAAGAAACUAGCAGAAGUUCAAGCCCAAUUGAGCAACGCCCUAAACGAAAUCAAAAAUUUAAAUCAUGAUAGGAAAAAUCUAGAACAGUUGUAUCAACAGGUUUGUCAAGAGUUGCAAGUACUUCAGCAAAUCACUACGGAACAUAAACCAGCACGUUCGAAUGUUUUCGAUCUCAACAAGCAACAAUCCAAUAAUAUUAGACAAUCGAACUUAUUUGAUCAAAAUGGCAAUAAUCCCAUAAAUCUCAAUAUAUUGAUGACUAUAGUGCAACAAGCUAAAGCUACACUUAAAAGGAUGGAAGAAGAGAUGAAUAUUGUCAGAGAUCGAUUUCAGCAAGUCAAUGCUCGAAUGAUUGACGGAGCACGGACUUUGGAUGCAGUCAACCGAGAGCUUGAAAAACUAAAACUUGAACGAGAUCAAUUAGCAGCCGAGCUUGAGGCUAGCAAACAAUCAGGCAAACAACUUACCGAGGUCUUUGCUGAGAGGAAUAAAUUUUACUCUGAACUACAAAGUAAAGAAAAUCAAGUGCAAUAUUUGAGUGAAUUAAUAGCAAAAAAGGACCAAGAGAAGGAGAAUUUAAUGAGUUCAUAUAAUAAAUUAUUGGCGGAACAUCAGAAACAAAAUGAGAUUCUGAAAAAAUCAACGGAAGAAAGCAAUAAAAUAAAACAUUUGAGUGAACAAUUGGCAAAAAAAGACCAAGAAAGAGAGAAUUUAAUGAAUUCUUAUCGUCAAUUACUGGCCGAAAAUCAGAAACAAGAGGCGAUUCUAAAGACAUCAUCCGAAGAGAGUAAUAAGUUAAAAAUGGAAAUUCUGAUACGAGAUAAGCGUGUUCAACAAUUACAAAAAACUUUGGAUGAAUGUUCAGAGGAGAUUCAACAAUACAAAACUGAUCUUGCGAGUUAUGAAAGACAGUGUGAGAUAUUAGCCAGAACAUUGCAGACAUUAGACUCGGAUUAUGCAAAUUCAGAGAAAAAGCGACCUUUAUCUUACACGGCUCUGAAUUUGCAUACGAAAAAUACCGCGGCUUUGAAUUAUCAGAUCUUUACAGGAAAUUUUAAUCAAAGGAAAAAAAUAGAGAAUCUCGAGACUUCUACUCAUAAACGACAAAAUGAAACGGCAGAUUUCUCGGAUGAAGAUUUUGAAUUUGAGAAUAACUUAAAGAAUAAGGGAAAAACGGUUGAACAACCAAAUCUAACUCCACCAUCACCAUCACCGACGAUACCAAUAUUAUCCGGCAAUGGAAAUCACAAGGAAAAUUAUCUUUUUGGCGAUUUUUUUUUAAAUAAGAAUUUCGCGGAUCGUAACUUUACCGCUACUACCUCUUUUGCAUAUGAAAGGCCAUCAGAUAAAAAUAUUGGUCCCAAACAGCAAAUUUCAUUAAAAAAACAAACCAAUCAAUAUCCAUUUACGUUGGGAUUGAUACCUGAACAAAAUAAGUCGAACGCCAAUGAAGAAAAAUCACCGAUAGAUCAAUUCUCUGCUCACAAAACUUUUCCCAACUUCGCUAAUCAAUUCUCCUCUACCGAGGUCCAUAUUCAGACGAACACUAAAAACGCGCAAUUAUCUCAAAUGCGUGAAGCGAGAUUCUUGAAUGAAGAAAAUAAGCGAUUAAUGGAUGCUAUAGAACAGACUAAAAACGAUCUUGGACGUUAUAUGGAAGAAUAA